AUGUCGGGUGUUGGGGAAGUGGCCGCGAAUAAGCGUCUUUGUACUCUUGUCUUGUGUGUAGUAUGUGCCCGGUCAUUGACUCAGUGCUAUGUGGUGCAAUCGUGGGCGGGAGUGCCCAUGCUCUGCUUCCGGCUGCUCACCGACCAGGUCACUAACCGAUGGCUCGUCAUGCGCAAGUGGCGCGUCGGCAUGCCCAUCAGGUACCAUGGCGCGGUGUUCAUCGACGAGGUGAGGGCCAGGAUCAAGGGCGUCGUGUCUGGGAAAGAGGGGGAGGAGCUCCGGGAGGCGGUGAAGAAGGUGAGGGCGACGCUCGAGGUCACCACAGCGCACGGCGGGCCAUUGCAGCGGAGCUUCGAUGAGUUCAAUGAUAAGCUAAGGCGUGCGUUGCGGUGGAUGUUAAGCUCAGCUGUCAACCGAUCGGGCAGAAGUGCUGCACGAGGGCAUCGGGGAAGUGGCUACGGGUGCAGUUUAUAA